AUGGUAGGUGUGUUUAAUUACGGUAUUUAAUUUGAAAAGGUGGCCCCAAAAUGGACAGUUCUGUUAUUUUGGUAUCAAGUGAAUCCAGUGCACCAAGUUCUCCAAUGCAUGGAAUUCAUUCCAAGCACACACCAGAUUAUAGUAAUGAACAGCAUUCUGAUAGUGAUGCCAGAAGUGACAUUACAGUAGAUUAUUAUAUGCCAAUUAAUGUGAGAAAGUCGCCAGAGGUUGAUCAUGAUUCAUCCACAACUUCUUCGUUACCCAAGGUUAACACCAACACCACCAUGGACUGUCCUGAAGUGCAAUUUUCUGACAGUGAUGCUAGAAGUGAUACUAUCGUGGAUUAUUAUCCACCACCAAAUUUUAUAAACGACUUGGUAUUGAAGACUGAAAGUCGAGGGAACGAUAUUUCAGGAAGCUGUUCCGCUGGUGUCUUGCAUAAAGCUUGGAGAGAAACACAGUUGGUGGACUGUGAGGGCUCUGAUGAUAGGUAUCACUUAGAUAUGAGAGAAGCUAUGCAAGGAAGGGACCAGCUUCCUUCUAUUGGCAAUGUUCUGGCUGAGGAUUGUUCAGAGAAGGGACAGAAAAAACAAAGAGCCAAGAAGUCGGUAAUUGGCAUUGAGAAAGAAGGAAAGAGAGCCGAAAGAAUGAAAAAUAGGGCAAUGAUGAAGGCUGAGCAAGCUCAAAAGAAAGCUCUGAAGAUGGCAGCUGCUGAAGCAUAUCGUUGUAAAAAGCCUGGAGAGUGUCUGAAGUAUAUACAGGUGUGUCUAGAUCAGCAGUUACUGACUGCAGAAUAUGGAGGAGAGAUCUUAGUAUCAUUACAGUCAGCAGAAAUGCAGUACAAUAUACAAUCAAAUCUGGUGCCUUGUUCCAUAUUUUGGACCAGAGAGGUUCAAGAGCAUUUUGUGGGUGAAGACAUGGAGGUGCAUGUAAGAAGCAGGAAGGAAGAGGAGGAGGAAAUAUUGAUUGUGUGGCACUGGGAGAAAGUGAUGCGUCUUAUUCAUGCUGUGGAUCUCACAAACCAUAUACAAUCCUUGCAACUUACACUGCCUGGCAAGAAGCUUACACUUGUGGUAUAUGGUGUAGAGCAAUAUUUCAGGUACCACAAUUCUUCCAAGAGACAAGAAGUACGAGCAAAAGUAGGAAAAUUGAAAACCAGCAAGAAGACAGAAAACUUUGAAAAUACUCCAAGAAUAUCUCGAGACAAAUUUGACACUGCAUUGACAGAACUUCAGCUGUUUGCUGAUUGCUCCCACAGACUGGUGGAAAAGCCUCAUGAUCUGGGGACCUUCAUCAGGCAGUUCUCCAAGGCUAUUGCAGAGGUUCCUUUCAAACAUGAGAAACAGAAACGAGAACAAGAAAAACUGGAGUGGUAUGCUGCUGGAGAUUCUCGUAACUGUGUUCGAGUAGAUAAGAAUGGUAAUGGCCUCCUCAGACUCUGGCAGCAGCAGUUGUGUCAGUUUAAUCGGGUUUCCAUGGAGACAGCACAGGCAAUCUCAUCAGUUUACAGAUCCCCUUGUGCUCUAAUACAGGCAUAUGAGAAUUGUUCGAGUGAGACUGAAUCGGAACUCAUGUUGGAGUCCAUCCAGAUACGUCGAGGAGUGGGACCACUCACCACAGUGAAGAAGGUUGGACCAGACUUAAGUAAAAAAAUGUAUACAUUCUUCAGGUCAUUUGAUGGCAAAGCAACACUGUCUCAGGAAUGACAUGCAUACUGCUACCUCUCUGAAUGUUAUAAAAUACAUUUGACAAAUGUUACAUGUUCCACUUUCUAUACAUAUUCUGGUGUGAAGUUUGUACCUGUAGUGUUUCAAUUUAAGUUUACUGUCUGUAUGUGUUGGUUCCCUCCGGUCAAUAUGCAAUGGGAAGAUUACAUAUUUUUCAGUUACUUCAGUUCUGUGCAUUAUUUAUGGAUUCAUCUCACCUUACUGAUGUCAUCAUAUAAUUAUUAAUUGUACUGGAGUGUUUUUGCAUAUAGAUGCACAGUAAAUUGGCUGCAGAACACUACUGCUGUACAGAAAAGUUUGUUAUAUUUUUAUUUAUUGUACAGACAUUUCACUAUACUCUGAAACAUGUAUAUGUAUGGGUAUGUCAGGUCCACUAUUUAAUGAACUGAAAGUAUAAAGAAAUUAAAACACAUAGGAAUUCUCACUGAAAGAGAUGACAGCUAGCCUGUAGCCAAAUGAUUAUGCCUAGUUUUAUGAUAACAUGGUCUUAAGUAUGCCUAUGAAAGUUAACAACUGCUCUUAUGAUAUGUUCCUUUGGCUACGUGGAUUGCUAUGUACUUUCAGCAUGAACGAGAAAAUAAAAUUAGGCAUUUUCGUUUUUGUGGGUUCACAAUCAUAAAUACACUCAAAAUUUCUCCUCCAAGAACAGAACCAUGAUAUAGAGGUCAGUCCUUGAGAAGCUAACAGUUGCUCAACUAGUCAAAAAAUUCCAAGCAUUUUAUGAAAUCUGAUGGCUCGCUAUUGUGUUCACAUGAGCCUGUAACUGGUCCCUAUCCUUAGCUACACCUACAUGAGUAACUGGAAGUACAGCUACAACUAUAGACCAAAUCAUAACUAAUAUACCAGCUAAAUACUAUCAUACUGAAGUAAUAAAUAGCCUACUUUCAUAUCAUUUUGCACAACGUAUAACUAUUAAUGUCUGUACCACAACAAACAAGAUGUUACAAAGAGGUCAGGAAUAUAUCAGAAGCCAGUAUAAUAGGUCCAUGCUCAUUAAUACAAACUGAAACCUGGAUUGAAGUGUCCAGGGAAAAUGAGGUAGGAAAAAUGGGACACUUUUUAUAGCAUUUUAACUAUCUUUAAUAUAGCCUGUCCCAAAAUAAGGAG